ACGCAGACCCCCAGCCCGCCUUGCCAAGCCUUCAACCACUACCUGAGCGCGAUGGCUUCCAGGUGGCGGUCUCAGUCGGUAGCAGAAGAUAUACAGCCAGAAAUAUGGAUUGCACAGGAACUGCGGCGCAUUGGCGACGAAUUCAAUGCCUCCUAUUGUCCAAGAAGGGGUUUCUUGGAUAAUCGCGCGGGCAAUCCGCAGGUCGUCAUUCUGCGCCUCCUGCAUUACAUCAUCCGCCUCAUCUGGAGGAUGCAGUGA